AGGUGAAAUUUCCGCGUUUUCUUUUCAGAUAUGGGGAAUCUUCGGACAGCUGUGGGAGCUUUGGGCAAGAUGUUUUCAGAGGGCUCUUUUACAAUAGUUUUUCUGUACACAACGGAGCUUUAUCCCACAGUAAUGAGGCAAAAUGGAUUGGGAUACUGUUCCUUUAUGGCCCGUGUAGGUGUUGCUGUAUCCCCCUUGAUCAUGCUCCUUGAAGACGUGUGGGUGAAUCUGCCAAGUUUUGUUUUUUCCCUGGUGGCUUUAGGCGCCGGACUGUCAGCUUCUUUGCUCCCUGAGACGAACAAUGUGCGUCUACCGGAGACUAUCGAGGACGUGGAACAGACAAGAAGACGAUCAGUCUCCGCCUCUGAUGAGAAAUCUCCUGCCUAUGCGUUUUUGUCAUUGCAAUCAAAAUCCCCAUAGGACUGCACUAAGUCAACACAGCAACUUGAUGGGAGCAAACAGUUUAAACAUAUGUAAAAACAGUGUCUUUUACACAUGUUCAAUGCAUGUUGAAUAUGAAGUCUUUUUACCUCCUCAUGGCGGAAAUAUCCAAAUUUAGCUGUAGUAGUAUUCUUCUUUGUUGUUGCAGAGGGUACAAAUGAUGCAUGUGCCUAACUACAUACCGCUGUGUAGCUAUAAAUCUAUAAAAACACAAAUAUCUCAGUAUGUUGAGUAUGUUAGGAAACUAGAGCUAAUGAAGAAGCAUGGUUUGUUAGAUUCAGUUAUUAUUUUAUUUUUUUUGCUCUAAAUCUGAUUGUCUUGUGAGUCAUGUGUCUGUGUUCUUUAGUAAAAAUAAAUCU